AUGGCCGCGACACGCGGCCCGCAGCUGCAAGACGAAAAGCCGCAGGACCGCCCAGCGGCCGUCUCAGGAGAAGGGGUGAUAAACAGCUGCUGUCACCAGGCGCCUGAGGAGGAGGCGAGGGAGGCUGAGACCCCCCGCCCGAGGCCAGACAGCAUCCAGGUCCCAGCGGCGCCGGCGGUCACCCUUCGUCCACGCCCAGGCCCCGAGUUGCCCGGUCCUGCUGACUCCGAGCCCAGAAUGGCUUGUGCAGACAUCCCGCAGCCGCCGGUCCCAGAGCAGCCCCAGCCCAUCUCCGCAAGAGCCACAUCCCCCUCCGCCAAGGCCGCGGGCCCGACAGGGGGGCACUGGGGCUCGGUGGAUGGCGACUUGGAGUGCUUGGUGUGCCGGGAGCCCUACAGCUGUACCCGGCCGGCCAAGCUGCUGGGCUGCCAGCACUCCUUCUGUGCCGUCUGCCUCAAGCUCCUGCUGUGUGUCCAGGACAACACCUGGUCCGUCACCUGCCCCUUGUGCCGCCAGGCUACCUCUGUCCCCGGGGGCCUCAUCUGCAGCCUGCGCGACCAGGAGGCCGUGGUGGGGCUACUGGGCCGGCCGUGGCCAGAGGUGCGGCUGUGUCCGCAGAGACUGGCAGAUUCCGCCCCCUUGGCGGCAGGGUACCCGGGCGUUGCGGGAGAGGAUGAGCAGGACGAGGUGAACGCCAACCGCGUGGCCGCCCGGCGCCUGGCCGUGCACUUGAUCCUGCUGGUCUUGCUCAUUGUCCUCAUUCUGCCCUUUGUCUACCCGGGCGUCAUCUGGUGGGUGCUCACCUCCGUGAUCGCCUUUGCCCUGCUAAUGUCCUCGGUCUUCUGCUGUCACGCCAGCAGCCAGCGCAGCUGCUGUCCCUCCCCCGGGACUGUUUUCUGCCGAGUACGGAAACACAGCGAGAUCUCUUCCAUCGCCUGA